AUGGAGAUAAAAUUAAAUAUAAUAUUUAACGAUAUUUUAUUAAUACUCACUGAUGAUCACAUGAUAGAAAAUCAUGAUAAAUUUUUUAUUGAUAAAACCCAAAAUAUAUUAUGUGUAGAAUGUAUAAGUAAAAUUUUUUUUAAUAAAUCUCCCUUAUAUAAAAAAUAUUUAUUAUUUAAAAGUAUAAAUGAUAUAUACUCUAUAAAAAAUUGCUACGAUUUUCGCUACCAUUUUUCUUUUUUUUUAUUAGAUCAUACUUUGUUUUUAUCAGAUUCUUUUAGUUUUUUAGAAAGAAUAACAAAAAUAAAAGAUGAUUAUGUAUAUUCAGUUAACAAUGAGUUAAUUAAGUUAGCAACUAAUGCAUGCAAAGAAUUUUUAAAUAUUUGUUCUGAAGAUUUAUGUAAUAUUUUUAAAGAUGCUAUUUAUACUUGUGUUCUUGUUAGAUUAAAAAAAUUUUCCCAAAAUAAAAGAAAAUAUUUUUUUAUUUUUAAAUUUUUGAAAAACCUAAUAGAAAACGUAGAAAUUAUACACAAUACUUUAAAGGAUGAGCCUUCAAUUAUUGAAGAGUUUAUGAAAUUAUUUAUUCAUAAUCACUCACUCGAAAACAAUUCAAAAAAUGAGAAAAACUUUAAUACUCAUCAAGAGAAAGAAUAUUUUUAUAAUGAAAAUGAUAAUAGUACUGAAAUUUUAUUAACUCUUCAAAUUAUUCAUAAAUUAUGGUAUGAAAAUUCUUUGUGGCAAAUUAAUAAAGAUUUAUUAAAAAAUUUUUUUAUUAACUUAAUUAAAAAUUUUAAAUUUACUAAUAAGAAAACGGAUUUAUGCGAUUAUUAUAUUGAAUUCAUUUAUUUAAUUACUAAAAAUUGCAAUGAUAUAAAUUACUUUUUUAACACAAUUAUUUUUGAUACAAAUAACAAAAAAAAAAAAGACGACAAAACAAUUAUUUCUCCAAAUGUAUCUACUAGUAAAAAGAAAAAUAAUAAAUUUACAAGAUUGAUCAAGGAAAACAACGAGAUUCAAGAUAAUGAACAUAAAAAUAAAAUUAAUGAAAAUGAAUACAAUAAAAAUAAGUGCAACGAAGAUGAAUCCAAUGAAAUUGAAAAUAGCGAAGAUGAUGAAACUUAUGAAAAAAAAUACAAUUAUCAAAGUAAAAGUAAUGAAGAGAAAUGUAAAGAAUAUAGAGCUAAUGAAAAUGAAGACCUAAGCGUAAGUUAUAAGACCAAGAAAGAAAAGUCUUAUUUAGGAAUUUGCUGUCAAGAAAAAAAUAACAUCAGUGAAUAUAAUGAAAGUAACGAAGAAAUAAUGUUAAAUGGGUACAAUGACGAGCUUGAAAUAGAAUUAAUAGAAAAUGAUCAUUUUAAUGAUUUUAUAAAAGAAAAAGAUUUAAGCAACACAAUGAAAUUAUCAAAAGAAAAUAAUUUAAUAAAAUAUAAAAUGGAAAUAAAUAGAGAAGUGAAAAUCAACCCAGAUGAAGAGUAUAGUAAUUAUGAAAAUAUAACAUGUGAAUCUAAUUUUUUAAAAAGCGAAAUGUAUGAGAUUAAAGAACAAGAAAUACAUGAAAAUAUAAAACAAAAAGAAAAAAAAUCAUAUUAUUAUCAUAAUCUAAAUUUAAGCAAUUGCAGCAUUAAUAGUAAAAUUAUUCCAAGCGAUUACGGAAAAAAUAGUAUAUCCAAAGAGAAUCAUGAAGAAAUUUAUAAUAAUUCAUUACAUUUUUAUAAAUCAAAUGAAGAACAUUUAGAUAUAUCAACAAUAUACAAAGGUAGUCAAAACAAAAUUGAAGAUAAAGAUGAAAAAGAUAACAAAAUCAUUUUUUAUAAAUCUCCUAAUAUUAAUCAUUUAAAUUAUAUAGAAUCAUGCAACUUAAAUUCAAAGGAAAAAAGUACCUUUAAUUUAAAAAUACUAGAAAAAUCAGAAAAUUUACAAAUUUUUAUUAUUUUGUGUGAUAAUUUACAAGAAACAUUAUUAAACAAUUUUAAUAGUAAUAUACAAAUGAAAUGCUUAGACAUUUUUUGUAAGUUUUGUGAUUUUGAUGAACAAAUUAUAAACAUUAUCAUCUCAAAUACCUCGUUAGUUGAAUGGAUAUUCGAUUUUAUAUCAAAUACAAAAUAUGAAAAGUUAAGAGAAAAGGCAUUAAAUUUCUUAAUGACCUUUUUUUUUAACAAUUCACUUUUUUCUCAUACACACGCACAUUAUAUGCUUGAUGUGCUAAUUAAUGUAAUUUUAAAAUAUGUAAAUAAAAGUGAUAACAUAUAUAAUGGGGUUAAUAAUUUUUCUAUUUUUUUUCAUUUUUUAAAAGCUUUGAAUAUGCUUAUUUCUAUAGCACAUUCUUCCAUUAAGAUAUUUCAUAUUUUUAAAAUUAUUAAUAUUAUUACUUUUUUAGUAUUGUCACCCCAAACAAUUCCUAUAAAUAUUAAAGAUAUUAUUUUAUUUUUUGAAAACAUUAUAAUAGAAAAAGAAGGGAAAAAAAAGAAUGAAUAUGAACAAAUGAGAGAAAACCAAGUGUUUGAUAAAAAUUACAGUAAAAAAUAUAAAUUAAAAAGUAAUGAAAUAUUGUUUUCUACAAAUAAAAAACAACAAAUUAUAAUGGAUAAAUCAAUUAAUAAAAAAAAAAACUACUAUAGUGAUUGUGCAAACAAUAAUGAUGUACAUAAAAAUAAUAUAGAUAGUAACAAUAAUAAUAUAUAUACUGAGCAUAAUAACAACAUUACCUAUGAGCAUUUUAGUUUAAAUGAUAUAAUUAAUAAAGUUUAUGUUACUAAUAUUUUAGCAUUAUUUAAAAUAUUAGAAAUUUCUUUAAAUAUAAUUAAAAUUGUAAAUAUAAAUAAUCAGGAUGUAUAUUUAGAAUUAAUUUAUAGUGAACAAAAUGAUUUCUUAGAUGAUUUGUCAUUAUCAAUAACGAAAUUACUUUUUGCAUUAAUUUUUAUUUUAAAUAAAAAUCAAGAUUUAUUAAUUAAUCUAAAUACUGUAAAUGAAAAAGAAAAUUCGGAUAACGAAAACGAAUUUCAAAUUUUAAAUUUUAUAAAAUCAAUCUUAUAUUUCUUUAUUGAACUGCAUUCAUUUUUUAGAAAUGCUAUGAAAGAAAGUAAUAAUAAUUUUGAAAAAGAUAUGAUAUAUUUUAUUAGGUUUCUCUAUCUUUCUUGUAUAUUUAUUUUUGAUAAUAUAAAUGAAAGAAAAAAUUUGUUUAAAAAUAUAAGUUCUAAAAUUUUUUUCUCAUCAUUUUUUAAUCCUUUCUUUCAUUUGUUUUCCGAUAUUUUAAGUCAUGUAGAAUAUAUUUCUGAAGACUAUUUAAUUCGAUUAAAAAAAUAUUCAAGUAAUCAUAAUGAUAAUGAAAUAGAACAACAGGAAGAUAAAAAAACUGAAGAUGAAGAAGAAAAAAAAAAUAAUAAUGAAGAGGAUGAAAUUAAUUUAAUUAAUGAUAAAUUUAUAAUAUAUAAAAAAAGAAUGAGACAAGUUCUGAUAAAAAACAAACCUUUUACUUUAUUUUUUCAAUAUGUAUCUAAUAAAAAUUAUAAUUUUGACUGCUACAGAAUUUUAAAUCUAUUAAUUUAUGAAGAUAAAAUAUUUAAAGGAAAAAAAAAUCAAAAGGAUAUACUGAUAGAAAUAAUAAAAAAGAAUGAUUUUUAUUUUUCUAAAGUAUUGUUAUUUAACUUUAAUGAUAAUGAAGGAAUAAUAGAAACAGUAAUUUAUAUAUUUUAUCUUAGUUUAAAUUAUGACAAAGUUUUUAUUGAAAGGAAAUUGAAUAGCAGUAGAAUAAACAACUAUGUUGAAAGUAUAUUUUUAUUUAAUGAUUCUGAAAUUACUAUUAACCCAUUUUUUUUAUUCAUGUCUUUAUCAUAUUCCUAUUAUUUUAUAACUAAAGAAAACAUAUUAACUGUUUUUAACUACAUUAAAAAAGAAAUGCAUAAAAUUAACUUACAAUUAUGGUUAGAUAUAAAAAAAAUAAAAAAUAUUUACUUCGCUUUUGAUUGCCUUUUUUCUUUAAAAAUUAACAGCAGUAACUAUAACAACUUUUUUUCAUUUAUUAUUUACAUAAUGAAAUUAGAAUUAUCUUUACAUUCAUCAAAACAAAUGGAUCAAAUAGAUAAUAGAUUAUACCUGUGCAUUUCAAAAAAUAAAGAUUUAGUAAAAAAUAUUUUUGAAAAUGUAGAAAUGGAUAAUGUACAGAAUAACUAUAUAAUUUACGUUUAUUAUUUAAUAAUUAAAUUAAGAAAGUAUUCUGUAGAAUAUUCAAAAUCUGUAAGUUUAUAUAAAAUGAUGAGCACGGUUAUUAGAUAUAUGAAUACAUUAGAAAACAAAUCAGAAGAAAUUAAUGAUAUUUUUUCUUUCUUUUUUAUAUUCUUUGAAAAUUUAGAAAUAUACGCACAAACAGAUAUAUUUAAUAUAAUUACUUUAUUACAGAAAUUAUCAAUUUAUGUAAAAAAUUCAUUAAAAGAAUAUUUUAAUAAACAAGAUGGCUUAAUGAAAAAGACAGAAUUGUGUAUUAAUUUUCCCAAAUUUGAAAACUCCUUUUUUUAUUUUUUAUUAAAUUUAAUUAUGCACUGUAGAAAAAAUUAUCAAAUUCAAAAUAUAAAUGUUCUAUCAUCUUCUAUAUCACUAAUACAUCUAUUGAUAUAUUCCAUUCAAUCUACAAAUUAUCAUUUUAAGAGUUUAUCUUUAUUAAUACUAUCUUUACUCAUAUUACCUUUGCCUAAUUCUAUUAAAACCGUUUCACCAUUACUAGUUAAAUUAUCAACAUCAUUUGAUAAAAAUGCCGAGGAUAUAUUAUCACAAGAUGAUAAAUCUUUAAUUAGUAUAGAAAAUAAUAAAGAAAAAUUUAUAAUUAGAAAAAGUUUGUAUUAUCCUUUAGUAACUAGUGAACACGAUAAUAUUAGAGUUUCAUCUUUGUCUCUUUUAUUAAGUCUAUUAUUAACAAAUGAUGUUGUCUUACUCGAUGAGGAAGCUUUUAGCUUUUUUAUUUUUUUAAUUAAUAGUUCUUUUUUAAGCGAAUGGGAUGAUAUACAAAAUGAUUUAUUGUUUGCAAUAAUAAAUGUUUUAUUAUUGUCAACAACUUUGAAUUUAAAAACGAAAUCAUUUUGUUUUAAUUUUAUCUACUCCUUUAGACCAUUCUUUUUAAGGAAUAUAUUGCAUUUAAAUAGAAAUCAUAAAAUUAUUAUUCAUAAACUAUUUUUCCUAUUAAUAACAGUUAAAAUAAAACCAUUAUGGUUUGACUUAAAGAGCUAUAGUGAAAAAAUAUUGAAAAUUCUACUUAAUAUUGUAACAAAAAAGGAUUUAGAUCUCAUAUCAUUUAAUUGCAUAUCAUCUCUUGCUUACGAAGCAUUUAUUAUUAAUAAAAAAGAUAACAAUAAUAAUGCAAAUAAGAAUGUCAUAGAGAACUUAGAAGAAUAUUUAGAGACAUAUAAAAAAAAUAUAAAAAAUACUGGAGACAUUUGCUACACAACUAGUUUUAACAAAUUUAGAUGCGAACAAAUUGAUUAUGAUGUUAUUUUAUCUAUUUUAAAUAUGACAAAACUAUUAUUAUAUAAAUAA